UCCAAUUUUUUUUUAUUUUCAUUAGUUUGUCGGUCAAAAUUUAUUCUGCACAAAAGGUACAUACAUAGAAGUACCUCCGCUCGCUAACGUGGUAUCAAAUUAGAGCAAUUAUGGACAGCUCAAAUGAAUUGAUAGAAUCUUUACUAGGUCAAACCCAGACCGGUGAUGUUUUCAAUUGGCGAACUCUUUCGAUUAGGGCCAAUCUCAACACAAAAUCAGACUUACUAAUUUGUCUUCUUCAUUUUGUGCUAAUUAGUAAAGAUUUCCGAUGUAUAGGAGUUGGCGAAGAAAAAACAUUUGCAAGUGAUGAGGUUGGCUCUAUAUGGUUACCCACUGAUUGGAAUUCUAGUUCAGCAAAGUAUGCAAUACGAUACCUUUAUAGGAAUCAAUUAAAUUUACUGAUUGCACAUGUAAAUGCAAAUGGAAUGGUAAUUAAUUUGCUUAAUGUGAACAAUAGAGAAGUAUCGAAUAUAUUACUAAAUCAUGAAACAACAGUUGACGACAUUAGAAAAGAUAAUAUUACGGAAGCGGUUCCGAGUGUUGUUACGAUAGUUAAACGCUACUGCGAGGAAAUUGUAGAGCCGGUCACUAAAGACAGUAGGCCUGCUCGUGUAAGUCAGAGCCCUGCAAAUGAAAAUACCGAUCCAAAUAAUUCACAGGCAAAUAAUAGUUCAAACCCGCAAAGAAAUUCUACCUCUAAUCAGGAAUCGGGAACACUAAGACGAGAUUCCAGAAGUCAAUUUGAUUUUUAUAAAUAAUAUCACACCACGACCAAGAAUACUUCGACCAUUUCAUAUGUGGACAAAUAUCCAAAUCAACUUUUAUUUA